UGACUCAUGACGUGUGACGUUUACGGAAGUAAAAAGGAAAGCACGGCUGAACUGUUACCACAGUCUUGAGUAACUCAAGUAUUUUACGGUUUGUUUAAAUUGUUUUUCGUGUAGGUUUAUGGAUCUAAUUUAAAUGCAGUUUUUGACGUUUCUGUGGAUUGAACCGAAGCGGUUCUAAGCGGACCUAGAAACUAAAUAACUCAGUCGUACUAAGUUGGUCAUCUCUGCCGGGACCGACCGUGAUGACGGUGCGGCCGCAGCUCUUCCUGUGAAGCCCCGGUGCUGCGGCUCACGGAUGACCGCGGAGGAACCGCGAGGAGCCGGGCGGAUCCGGUGACAAGCAGCUGCUGCUGAAGAUGAUGGAUGAGGAACUGCUGGACCAGCUGGUUUCCGGGUUCGGCAUCCUGGUGACCUGGGUUGCUGCUGGUGCCAUGAUUUUCGGGGGGGUCGUCCCCUACGUCCCUCAGUACAGACACAUCCGGCGCUCCCAGAAUGCUGAGGGCUUCUCCACGUACGUGUGUCUGGUUCUGCUCGUGGCAAACAUCCUGAGGAUCCUGUUCAGGUUUGGGCGGUACUUCGAGACGGUGCUGCUGUGGCAGAGCAUCGUCAUGAUCUGCACCAUGCUAGCCAUGCUGAACCUGUGCACCAACGUCCGCGUGGCGUCCGAGCUCAGCACCAAGAGGCGCUCCUUCAUAGUGACAGAUGGUAAGGACGAGGAGAUCAGAGUCCAUAAGAGGCUCUUUCUGGACUUUGACUGGAGUUAUUUCUGGCUGUGGAGUCGUUUCAUGGACUACGUGCAAUGCGUGCUGGCCUUCACCCUGGUGGCAGCCUACCUCACCUACCUCCUCCUGGACUCCACGCUCUUCGUGGAGACCCUGGGCUUCCUGGCUGUUUUCACAGAGGCAAUGCUCGGCACGCCGCAACUCUACUGCAACCAUCAGAACAAGUCCACAGAGGGCAUGAGUGUGAAAAUGGUGCUGAUGUGGACCAGCGGGGACACCUUUAAGACCAUCUACUUCCUGCUUACCCAGGCUCCGGUCCAGUUUUGGACCUGUGGUUUGCUCCAGGUUCUUGUGGACUUUGCCAUCCUGUUCCAGGUUUACUACUACAGCCGGUACCCUCAGAAGCCAGCGUCCCACACCGUUUCCCACACCAGCAGCGCCAAAGCCCUCUAAGGAUGCACUUUAAGUUAGGAAUGUAUGGCGCUCCUGUCCAAUCACACGAUGCAGGACAUUUCCUCAGUCCUUACACCAGGAAAUGUAUCCUGUAUCAAAACACUGAUGUCCUGGAGGGCAUUUAAAAUCCUCGUGAUCCUACAGACAUUUUCCAUGCAAAGACACGCCUGAAGAUGCAGGCUGUGGAAUCGAAUAUUAUGCACAUGAGUGCCUGAAUGUCCAGUAAAUAUAUGACUAGAAAUAUUUACACUUUACAAAAGUGUGCUGAUGAGUAUCAUGAAAAUGGACUUGGUAAUAACACACAACAGUUGAUGAUGAAGGCAGCAUUCCUCCUUCAUCCUUGUGAAGCUGCAGCUUCUGCUUUAAUGCAACAUCAUGUGCUUAUACAGCAGCUGGAGAUCAAGAAGUCCUGGGAUGGGCCCAACCAUGGAACUUCAUGUUUCCCAACAAUAAAACCAAAAACUGUAAGUGCCGGAACCACAUCAGCGUGAGUGGAUUUGGGUCUCCGGCUCCUCGUGCUCCUGCAGUGACUUCACUUCUGAAAGAACUUCACACUGGCGUGUCUAGUCAGAGGCAGCACAGCGUAAAGUUUUUUAAAUGGCACUUCUGAAAUACAUCACAAAGUGUUUAUUAAUGGAGGUCAUAGCCACAGGGUAAGACAUGGUCAAAUAAAUGAAUCAUCAAAUUCUAUUUCUAGCUGAAAACAUACUGAAAAAAGUCUUGGUUUUGAAAUCCUCAGCUGAGUUCCCGGAAGUCUGAGGUUGGAAGCCAUCAUUUAGCCCUUUAACUCCGGAGCUCCAGUGUUAAUAUUAUAUCAUUUACUGUAACUUUUCAACUGUGAACACGAUCAUUCCAGCAGAUUCUGAAGGAGAAAAAUGGCUUUUCUCCUUCAAAAUCUGCUGGAAUGAUCGUAUUUACGUUUGAAAAGUUGUAGUGUGUUAAAGAUUUUGUGUUUCAGUGACGCCUAGGGUGUUAAAGGGUUAAACUGUGACCACCAAUAAAAGCUGGCCUGAAAAUCUGAGAGAACACAUGUUUGUCAGAUUAGAAAAGCUUGAAUAUGUCAUGAAGACCCUGACCAUGUAGGGCAGGGUCAAGAGCCUCGACCUGCCUGUUUUCCAGCUCUCCCUGACCAGCCUGCUGCUGCUGAUUAGCUGACUCAAGUGAUCCCACAUCCUGAUUGACCUGAUUUAGGUUCCAGGGAGAGCUGGAAAACAUGCAGCGUUGAGGCUAGCCCUGAUGAAGAGCGAUGUAAAAGUAAGAACUACAAUUCACAAUGUGUGAUGUGAGAUUUUCUGCUGGAGGGAUUAAAACAAUGCACCAGAA